AGAGAGAAAACAGUAAAAGCCUCCAGAUUCUCCUGCUGCUGCUGCUCAGACAAAAGGACGGAGAGACCCGCAGACAGACAGACAGACAGACAGACAGAUCUAGAGAGAGAGACAGGUAGAACGGAGGACAGACGGACGGACAGCCGGGGAGGAUGGGCCGGCGGAGCGGCCGUCGGUAGCGCUCUGUUUUCGGGGACGGAGCUCCAGGAUGAGCGUAGCGCUGCAGGACCUCCGGAACACCAUGUCCAGCUACAAGCGAGCUACACUGGAUGAGGAGGAAGUGUCGGACGCUCCGGCUGAGGCGGUCUCAUUUCCUGACAGAGUGGAGGUGGGGUUCAGGAAGGGAGGUGUGGACAUUCUGGGCAGGAGGACUCAGCUGGAGGUUCUGCUGUCAGUCCUGCUGCUAGCUGCCCUCCUGGCUCUGCUGGCCUGUCUGCUGGUCCUGGGACUGGGAUUCAGCUCAGACAGUGGGCGUGGCCUGUGCCUGUCCGAGGCGUGCGUCACGGUGGCGAGUCAGAUGGUGGAGGCGAUGGACCGCAGCGCUGACCCGUGCCAGGACUUCUACCAGUUCGCCUGUGGAGGCUGGAUGAGGAAAAACCCGCUGCCUGAUGGACGGUCGCGCUGGUCCACGUUCAACAGCAUCUGGGAGCAGAACCAGGCCCUGCUCAAACACCUGCUGGAGAACGGGACUUUUAACGGCAGCAGCGAAGCCGAGAGAAAGACUCAGUCCUACUACCUGUCCUGUCUCAACACACAGAGGAUCGAGGAGCUGGGAGCUCAGCCUCUCAUAGACCUCAUCGCCAAGAUCGGGGGCUGGAACAUGACGGGUCCCUGGGAAAAGGAUAACUUUAUGGAGGUUCUGAAGGUGGUUUCUGGUCCUUAUAGAGCUCAACCUUUCUUCAGUGUCGGAGUCAGUGCUGAUCCCAAAAACUCAAACAGCAAUGUCAUCCAGGUGGACCAAUCAGGGCUCUUCCUGCCGUCCAGGGACUAUUACCUCAACAAGACAGCCAAUGAAAAGGUGCUGGUGGCGUACCUGGACUACAUGGUGGAGCUGGGGAUGCUGCUGGGGGGUGAGAGGAGCUCCACACAGCUUCAGAUGCAGCAGAUUCUGGAGUUUGAGACGGCACUCGCCAACAUCACCGUCCCACAGGACCAACGAAGAGAUGAGGAGAAGAUCUACCACAAGGUCACCAUCGCUGAAUUACAGCUGCUUGCUCCAGCGGUGGACUGGUUGGACUACCUGUCUUCCGCUCUGACUCCUUUGGACCUAAACGACACCGAACCUGUUGUCCUGUAUGCCAGAGAGUACCUGCAGCAGGUGUCUGACCUCAUCAACAAAACGGACCGCAGUCUGUUGAAUAACUACAUGAUGUGGACAUUGGUUCAGAAGAGCGUGGCCAGUUUGGAUCAACGGUUUGAGAACGCUCAGGACAAACUGCUGGAGUCUCUCUACGGGACCAAGAAGUCCUGCACCCCUCGCUGGCAGACUUGCAUCGGGAACACUGACGACACUCUGGGCUUCGCUUUGGGAGCGCUCUUCGUUAAGGCGACCUUUGACAAACACAGCAAAGACAUCGCCGAGGAGAUGAUUAACGAGAUCCGCACAGCGUUUAAAGACGCUCUGGACCGACUCAACUGGAUGGACGACCACACAAGACAGGCUGCUAAAGACAAGGCAGAUGCGAUAUACGAUAUGAUCGGUUUCCCAGAAUUCAUCUUAGACUCCAAAGAGCUGGACGACGUUUACGACGGGUACGAUGUGUCAGAUGACAGCUUCUUCCAGAACAUGUUGAACUUCUACAACUUCUCCUCACGAGUGAUGGCCGACCAGCUGAGGAAGACUCCCAACAAAGACCAGUGGAGUAUGACUCCUCCUACAGUUAAUGCCUACUACAUGCCCACUAAGAACGGCAUCGUCUUCCCUGCUGGGAUCCUACAAGCUCCUUUCUACGCCCACGAUCACCCCAAGGCAUUGAACUUUGGUGGGAUCGGGGUGGUGAUGGGUCACGAGCUCACACACGCUUUCGAUGAUCAAGGUCGCGAGUACGAUAAAGAAGGAAACUUGAGGCCGUGGUGGCAGAACUCGUCAGUGGAGGCGUUUCGGCAGAGAACAGAGUGCAUGGUGGAUCAGUACAGCCGCUACCUUGUCAACGGAGAACACGUCAAUGGAAAACAGACGCUCGGAGAAAACAUUGCAGACAAUGGAGGACUGAAGGCAGCGUACCAUGCCUAUCGAUCGUGGGUCCAGAAGAGUGGAGAGGAGAAGAGACUUCCUGCCGUCAACCUGACAAAUGAUCAACUCUUCUUCGUGGGAUUUGCUCAGGUGUGGUGUUCAGUUCGGACACCAGAGAGCGCGCAUGAAGGCCUGGUGACUGAUCCCCACAGCCCCCCCAGAUACAGAGUCAUUGGCACACUCGCCAACUCGCCAGACUUCAGCCGCCACUUCAACUGUCCUGAAGGGACGCCCAUGAACACUGGGAAGCGCUGUGAGGUCUGGUAGACAGACCGAAGAGGACCGGGUCCGAGGGGGGGUCAGGGGUUUAUUAGGUCGGGCCGUUAACGAGCAGCUCGGUAUGUUACUUAGGGAACUUGUCUGUUAUUCAGCAAAAAAUAUUUAGUUCAUUAACAAGUCAGAUUGUUAAUUAACAGGUGAGUUUCUUAAUUAACCGGCUGAUUAGUGUCUUAAUUAGAGGACUUUGGUCUGGUAAUUAUCUACAGUUUAUCUGGGGGUCGUUAGGAGGUCGUUGGGCGGUGAUCAGGUGUUCAUUAGGGGUGUUGCAGGUGUAAUCUUCAUACCGUUAAUAUAAAUCCAUUAAUUAGAGACGAUCAGACUGACUUCCUGUCUGGGAUCAAACGGACUCACACAGAGACAUGAAAAACUGACGAUGAUGAUGAUGAAGAUGGUGAUUAAGCCACAUGGGACGAUGGCGCUGAUUUCUGCUUUAUCACCGUUAUUGAUUAUUAUAAUUAUUAUUAUUAUUAUUAAUGGGCUUUGGUUUGGUGUGUGUGUGUGUGUGUGUUGUCUGUUGUAUGAAAGAUCUCUGUAACUCUCUCUCUGAUGACAUCACUGUGAUGACCUCAUACAAACUAUUACAUCAACAAUCGUGCGUAGAUAUCACUCAGAGGAAGCUGAAUAAUUUAUCAAUUAAGGGACUUUUUUCGGGGGCUCAAAUCAGAUUUUUGCGUCAUUAAUCAAUAAAUUAAUUGAUUAUAAUAUAUUAAAGGUUUUAAUGGAUUAUUUGCAUGAUUUAAAGUUUUUAAGGAGUAAAAACACCUUAAAAUUAACUAAAAAUUUUAAUUUGAAGGUAUAAAUUGAGAUUUUCUUUUUUAUGUGGUUAAAUUUGUACCCCUUCAAGGUUCUUAAAACAUGUAAAUAAUCCAUUAAUUAUCUCCUGAACAUCCUAUUAAAAUUACCUUAAUUACUAAAAGGUGAAUUAAUGAAAUUGAAAAUAAAAAUGAAGGGAUGUCAGUGAUGUAGUCAAACUUUUUCAUCUGCAUGAAAAACUCUUUGUAACCACUAGCCACCAUGACGGCGUUGUCAUGGUUACACAACCUCUCCAUGGAAUUAAUUAGUGACAUUACAGCGAUCAACAAUAAACACCUGAUACUGAAUUUAAAAUGUUGCCUUAAAAGUUAGAAACAAAGCCUUAAAAAUUAGAAAUAUCAAUAAAAAGUUCAGAAAAUCCCGUUAAUUAAUCAUUAAUUUAACACCCAAAUCGAGCUGUUUGAGAUCCUUUAAUUUAAACCAGGGCCUGAAUUGGACCAAAAAGUGUGUAAGUACCCUAAUUCUUAUGUCAUUUUUUAUUAAUUUUAACGAGGAUAUUUUCAGUGCUGUUUUCACUGAUUCGGCUCUGAGAUAUGUUAACUAUUUUAAUCCUCGAACCAAAACCAACCAAUACUCAAUCCGAGUGUUUUCAGACUGUCGGCAAGACUGUCGGUGCGUUUAUUGGGUCAUUUGUUUAUUUAUUUUUGGUGUUUUCGUUCCUCCUGUUUCAGGCACUGGUUUAAACCCACUGGAAUUUUUUUUUAAUGUAUUACAAUUCAUUUAUUUAUCAAUUAUCCCAUUAAAAUAUUAUUGAAAUACUUUAAUUUACUCUGCUAAAUUCAUGUUAUAAGAAAAAAAGGUGCAAAUUCUGGGUUAAUUAAUGGAUUAAAUUAAAAAAAUUAAAAAUGGCAUUAAUGAACAUUUACCUGAUUAUUAACUAUUGACUGAAUAAUUAAGGCCAUAUUAAGGUAAACUAAGCAAGGAUGUCAUGUUUUUUGGUCACCUGGAAGAAAUUAUUAUUAAUGUAUCUGUUAAUUAUUGCCUUAUAGCAUUAGAAAUACCAUAAUUAAAUCUUAUCUGCAGUUUUAAGGUGGAAUGAGAGGAUUUAGUCUCACAGUGUAUAUGUUGUUCAGUCAGUUGUACACUUUACUCCACAUAUGACCACUAACUGCCAUGCUUGUGUUGUCAUGGUAACCGUUACAGAGCCUCGCAGCUGCAACGACCCGCAACCUAGAGUUCAGUGUUAAUUAAUUAAUCGAAGUUAAUUGACAUCAGUGAGAAAAAAACAAACGAACAAGCGCCUUAAAGAUUAAAUUUUAUUGUGAAACUGACUUUGGAAUAUUGCCUUAAAAUUCAAAAUGGACGCCUUAAAAAGUGGAACAGUCAGCGUGGGGCACAGAGGAACUAAAACAAAUGUGGGGAGUUCAUGGACUAAAACGAAUGUGGGGCGUUUGGUGAUUAAAACAAGUGUGGGGCACAAAUGAACUGAGAUCCACGUGGGGCGUUCAGGACUAAAAUGAGCAUGCUGGAUCAACAGAUUCAUAGUGAGUAAAAAGUGAAUAAAUAAAUGGCGAUAACUUUUAUUCUUUUAGUUUUAUGUUUCACUAAAGUCCCAAAAUGUAACUUUUAGCAGUUUGAUAAAUUCAGACCCUGAACACACAACUCCCUCUGCUGUUAGAGCCUCAAGAAAAGAAAGUUGGACCAGAAAUAAAAAAUAUUAUAUGGAGAAACUAUAUCUAAUAAAUAGAAUAUAUAAAAAUAUAAUAUGAAGUAAAUAUGAAUUUUUAUAAGUUUCAGUUACAUUAAACCUUCAUCAGUUUUAAAAACAAACAUUGGUUUAAAGACACAUUACCUCAACUUCAUUUCCCAUAAUCCCUUCGUGUUGCUGUUCAGUGCAGGUGCCUGACUCUGACAGCAGGUGGAGCUGUCGACCUGCAAUCAAUAUUCAGAUAUUAAAGUUAGUUUCUCACAACACUACACACUGCAUACUGUCAGUCUGUGUGUGUGUGUGUGUGUGUGUGUGUGUGUUUGCUUCGCCACCUGAUGUCAUCACUGUCAUGAUGACAUCACCGUCCAAUCCUGUGCAGCUCCUGUGUGUGUGUGUCGUCGUUUGUUCAGCAGAAGAAGAAGCUGCUUCCUGCCAAAGACGUUUCUGUUUCUGUCUGUAUGUGUGUGUUUGUUAUCAAUCUUUGUGAGGACUCCAUUUUAAACCAUCGCUGUGAGGACACCAGUGCAUUGUGGGAACAUUUACGGUUUAAAGGUUCAGUCAGGGGAUCCAUUAUGUCACUGAGUGUCCUCACAAGUAUAGAGGUAUAAAUGUGUGUGUGUGUGUGUGUCCGCUGUGUAAUAAUCUGUGUGUACAGUAGACGACAGUAGAUCUGAUGUAGAAUAAAACUCAGCUUGUUGAAAACUCUGUCUGUGUCCUGUAGGGGGCGUCACCACUCUGCUCAUCCAAUCAGAGAGCUGCAUUUCAAACAGCUGCUGUCACCGAUCUGCAGAAACACAAUAAACACUGAACAUAAUGAAACUAAGAGGCUCCGAUUAUAAAAUCUACACACGCACAACACCUAUAAUACGUACAGUAUUUAUUAUCUGCUUCGCUGCUAAAUAAAGUAUCUAUCUAUACAAAAUACUCAAUUACAAGUGAAAGUCCUUAAAGUGCUUAAAGUAGGCCUCUAUAAUAUUCUGAAAUUCUUCUUAAUGAGUACUUACUUUGGGUACUUUACGUAUAUUGUGAUGCUUUUGUACUUUAUGCAGAACUCGUACAUGUAACUGAGUAUUUCUACAUUGUGGUAUUACGACUUCUACUGCAGUAGGACUGAUCAAAUAUCCCUUCCGGACAUGUAUUAAGACAUUUCUAUAAAUAAUGUGUGUCUGAGUUUUGAUUGUUUAUUCUGCAAAAAAGUAGAGUUUCUACAUUAAAACCCUUAAAAAG